UCAGUCAGCUACAGGUAGCGCACAUGUGACAGUUGUCUGAGUGAGUGCGCGGCUCGGUGACGCUCCGCUGCUCGUUCCUCUAUGUGAUGGUGCUUUCACUGACCGUCUGCAUGGUGACGCUUUUUCUGUAAAAGGAGGAAAGUUAGUUUAACUUCCAAGGCCUAUUGAAGCUGUGAGAUCUACACCGUCAGAGAGAGAGAGAGAGAGAGAGAGAGAGAGAGAGAGAGGGGAAGGUGGCAGCAGGAUGAAGUCCAAAGGGAAAGCUGUGAAAUCAUCCAGGAGGACCUGGUCUGACCCGGAGCCAGAACUAGAAGCAGACACAGAACCAGAGCCUGGCUCCAGUGAGCAGGAAGGCUCAGAGGCCUCAGUGCGGAUCGGUGGCUCCUGGAGGGGGUCGCUGAGGAGCGGGGACAGGAAGCGACAAGGAGGAGUGGGUGGAGGGCGGCGGCGGAGACAACAUGGCUCUAGCACCAAAGAACGCAGCGUCCGCCGACUGGAGAGCAACGAGCGGGAACGCCAGCGCAUGCACAAACUCAACAACGCCUUCCAAGCGUUGCGCGAGGCCAUCCCUCAUGUGAAGACUGACAAGAAGCUGUCCAAGAUCGAGACACUGACCCUGGCUAAGAAUUACAUCAAAGCGCUGACCACCAUCGUCCUGGACAUGUCAGGGGCCUGCCUGCCGGCCGGCGGGGUCCAAUCAGAGGCCAGCGCCGCCAAGCUUCUCCAGUGCUACCAACAGCACCUGGAGGAGGAAGGGGAGGAGGGUCUCACCCAGUAUCUCACCCACAUGCACAGCUUCAGCCAGGGCAGCUAACAGUGGCUGCAAGGUGGCUCGGAGACCAGGAGAGCACACGGAGGCUGGUCUCCACGGCAGAAAGGUGUGUGUGUGUGUGUGUGUGUGUGUUGUGUGUGUGUGUGUGUGUGUGUGUGUGUGUGUGUGUGUGUGUGUGUGUGUGGAGAGAGACUUCUAGGGCCAAGUCUGAAACUAUAGCCAGUUCCUCCGGUGCUCACGCUGCUCUGAGGUCUGGUCAGAAGCGGUGUCUUCUGCAGGAACCAGGAGCUGUUCCACAUCUGUGGUGUCUGACAAUAAACACACGCUUGAACAUUCAAAGGGUGACAUGUCGAGAACUUGCCCUUCAUGGAAUGAUUUCAGGACCGUUCACCCUCGCAGACACAAAGUGUGCAGACUGGACAUGGACCGUGGCUGUGAAGUGAAAAGACUCAUUUGUUAUUGUACUCAGAGAGGAAGGGCUAAUCUUUCACCAUUCUGCCUUUUUUUUUUUUUUCUCUUCUUCUUCUUCUCGUCGUCUAUGGUUUGAGCUGAGGCAGGGACUUGUUCUCCUUUGUGUUAUCUUGUGAUCUCGAGUAUUUUCUGUUGAGAAACCUGCUCUAGUAGCCUCUAGUCAUAACUGUCACAUUCAGGAAGAAAAAAAAAAAGGCAAGCAGCAAACCUAAAUAUUGAAAUGUUGAAGCUAGAAAGUCUGUUUGUUCAUUUGAGAACACGAUUUACUUCUUACAGGCCGUGCACUCGUACAGUAGCUGGAAGGCAGAGAUGAUGUUUAAAGUGUAUGUUGUUUGAAGUUUUUUUUUUUGGAGGACAUUGUAGUGAAAAACACCAGGAGAGGAGAAGAUAUUUGAGAAGUUAUCAUCAAUAAACACGUUUAUUUAU